AUGAUGAUGAUGGAGAAGAUCAAUCUAUUGUUUCGAUCAACGAUUGAUCUAUCAUCAUUUAAACAAAUAACAGAGUUUUAUAAUUUAAAUCGACGUAUGGUUAGACUAUUGCUUUUAUGUUUUGGAAUAGAAUACUUGAUAAAGCAUAGAUAUUUUAAAGCAUUGAGAGAUGAAGUAUCAAAAAUAGACAUUGCAGAUACACUUACCGGACAAUUACUUGGAGCUGAAGAGGGAAAUACAACCAGACAAAUAUUGACACAUAUAUAUGAUCUUGCUAAUAACAGUUCUCUGGUUUGUCAACGACUAGCUAGAUCACAAUUGUUUAUCAAUCAACUCAUUGAAACAUUACAUACAAUCACACAAGAACGUUAUCAAGCUAUAAAACGAUCAGGACCAUCUAAUCAGUAUCAAAUAGAUAUAAACUUUUACCCAUUCAUGAUGAAUGAUUGUGAAAGAAGAAUAAUGAAAAUAUUUAGUUUGGUAUUACCUCAUUGUGAAUUUAUUAAAGAUAUACCAAUUGAUUUAAUAUUGGAAUAUGCAGAUGAAUAUGGUUUGCCAACUGAAAUAAGAAUUGGAAAGCAUCUUGCUCAUUCUAUUGUAUCAAAUUAUAAUAAUCGAGAUUUGGCAGUGUAUUAUUUCCAACACCGAGUAUCAUCUUUAUUCCUAAAGUUGUUACGAAACAAAGUAAGGAAUGAAUUUGAAGUCAUUGAAAAGGCUGCCAUCAUCAUGUUUGGUCAUGUUGGUCAUUCCCAGAUCGAUGAGAGCAAUAUGAUAUUAGAUAAAUUGGAAAAAGAACAAGCUCAUCUCCUAUUGUCAACCGUAUCUGGGUCAUAUAUAAACAAGAUUGGAAAUAUAGUUUCAAGACCAAUCGAUAAAUUUAUAGUUGAUCAUGGAAUACUUUUGAAACAACUGGUUUUCAGAAAUAUGGUAUCUCUAAGUUAUGGGUUGACUUAUGGUUGGAUUAAUAAAGGUGUGGGAGAUGGAGGAAUAGGAGAUAGAUCCAUUCUUUCAAUGGGAUUAAUGUUUGCCGCAGCAGAGUCGGUAAGAGUAAUCCUACAAUAUCAAGUAAAAGCGAUUGAAAGGAUACAUCCCGGUCGUAUGAUGGUAUUGUUAGACUCUGCAUUGUAUAUUGCACCUAGGUGCACCUAUUUCUUUGGUUGGUUUAAUUGGCGUCCCUAUCUCUUAUCAAAGUGUGUAAAUAUCUUUUCAAGUCAUUUUGAUAAACAUGUUCAAAAUGCUCAAUCUCGAUUGUACGACAAUAUGUUAUAUAAAUAG